GUAAGUUUCACUUUUUGUUGAGGAAAGCGUGGCACCGGGCUGUCAAUCAUCUGGAACAUCUAAUGAAACACAUCCUGAGGUUAUUGAGCCGAACACCAUUUCUCCGAAGAAACCCUAAACGGAACUUUCAUCACGAACGUUUGCUUCUAGCAAAUCGAGUUUUAUCUCAACAGUCUGAGAAACUUAUAAACAGCAUGGACCACGAGACAGAAAAAUUGCUGGCACCGCUGAGAGUCUUCGUGAAAGAACAGGGAGAUAUUGUGAAGAAGUUGAAGGAAGAGAAAGCUCCCGACAUAGACAUCCAGAAGGCUGUUGCUGAACUGAAGCAUAGGAAGAAGACACUCGAAGAUAGGGAACUGGAAUUGGGAGCCAAAGACAACAUAGACCGUACAAAGAUGGAGGAUUUACUCAAGCAAAAGUUCUUCUUUGAUCAGUCCUUUUCAAUUUAUGGAGGUGUGAAUGGUCUGUACGAUUUUGGACCUAUGGGGUGUGCUGUAAAAGCCAAUCUUCUCCAGACCUGGAGGAACUUCUUUGUUCUUGAGGAGCAGAUGUUGGAGGUGGACUGCUCCAUGUUGACGCCUGAACCAGUAUUAGUAGCCUCGGGUCACGUAGAAAGGUUCCAAGAUUACAUGGUAAAAGAUAUGAAGACAGGGGACUGCUACAGAGCGGAUCAUCUAAUUGAAGCCACACUUGAAAAGAUGUUAGCAGACAAAAAGAUAGGUGCUGAGAAGAAGAAAGAAAUUAAUGAUUUGAUGCCUCUGAUUGAUGGAAUGUCAAAAGAGGACAUGGGAAAGACUAUUGUAAAAUACAAUAUGAAAUCCCCACUGACAAACAACGACCUGUCUGAACCCAUCGAGUUUAACCUGAUGUUCUCCACCGCCAUAGGACCUACCGGGCACAUCAAAGGCUUCCUCCGCCCAGAGACUGCCCAGGGGAUCUUCGUUAAUUUCAAGCGACUCCUGAACUUUAACCAGGGCAAACUUCCUUUUGCUGCAGCUCAGAUCGGCAACGCCUUCAGGAACGAAAUUUCACCCCGAGCAGGAUUGCUCAGAGUCAGGGAAUUUACAAUGGCAGAAAUCGAACAUUUCUGUGACCCUAUUAAGAAGGAUCAUCCAAAAUUCAAGUCGGUGGCGGAUCUAGAGGUGGUGUUGUAUUCAGCCUGUAAUCAGAUGGAUGGGAAAUCCCCUCAAGUGUGGAAACUUGGGGAGGCUGUAAAACAGAAAUUGAUAGCCAAUGAAACGCUUGGAUAUUUUAUGGGGAGGAUCCAGUUAUUUAUGAUUAAGUGUGGCAUUGACAAAAGAAAGCUGAGAUUUCGACAACACAUGUCGAAUGAAAUGGCACAUUAUGCUUGUGAUUGCUGGGAUGCAGAAUGCAAAACUACAUACGGUUGGGUGGAGUGUGUAGGAUGUGCAGACAGAUCCUGCUAUGACUUGAACCAGCACUCAAAGGCAACUGGAGUCCGACUCGUAGCUGAGAAAAGGCUCCAGGAACCCAAGGAAGUGGAUGUAGUUGAAUGCACGUCUAACAAAGGAACUCUGGGUAAAGUUUUCAAGAAGGAUGCUAAAGCCAUCGGGGAAUACCUUGCUGGUGUCACUGCGGCAGACUGUGAUAGAAUAGAGCAGGAAAUGGCCAGCACUGGUGAAUCUCAGAUACAAGUAGGUGAACAAACCUUCACACUGAAACCAGACAUGGUGGCCGUCAAGCGCUACAAGAAAAAAGUCCACGUUGAAGAGUUCGUACCAUCUGUGAUAGAACCGUCCUUUGGAAUUGGUCGAGUCAUGUACUCAAUGUUUGAACACAACUUCAAAAUACGAGACGGUGAUGAACAGCGAUCAUUCUUUUCACUUCCUGCGAUAAUUGCCCCGUACAAGUGCUCAGUACUUCCUCUCAGUAAUAAAGACAGCUUUGUACCAUUUGUAAAAGAACUCUCCCAUACCUUGACUCAGAAUGACGUCUCCCAUCGUGUGGACGAUAGCAGUGGCUCGAUAGGAAAGCGCUAUGCUAGGACAGAUGCUAUUGCUAUACCAUAUGGUGUAACCAUAGACUUCGACACAUUGAAUGCCCUCACCACGGCUACACUGCGAGAACGAGACUCCAUGAAACAAAUCCGAGCACCGUUGGAGGAGAUUCCUUUAAUUGUGAAGAGCUUGUCGACAGGACAAAGAACCUGGGAAGAUGUCCUCAAUAAUUACCCUUUAUUUGAACAACAGGAGACAACCAAGGACAAGUGAAGGCAAUUCCUAUGACAAUUAAAACUUUUAUCCUGAUCAUGUCAGAUAACUUUCAUGUGCAAGUUGUCAUUUAUUCACUUUUUAAAUUUUUUUUCUUCAAAAAAAGACCACCAUAGCGAAGUGCUAGAUAUUACUGGUGAAGGAUUUAGACAAGCUAGUCUGAACUUGUAAAACUUUCAUCAGAAGGAACAAUUUGGAAAGCAAGUAUUUGAAAUGACUUUAUUUCUGAUACUACAGCUGAUCACAAAGUUACUAAGCGAGUUUUGUAUUAGAUUUUUUAUGUAUAUUAGCAAAUUUGUCUACUCUCUCCUCCGUGUAGUUUAGGGGCUCUGAUGUGUAGACUUGUAUUACGAUGUAUAUACAAUACCUCAUGCACUGAAUAUUAUUGUCAUCUGUCUUUAUAUCUGAAAAAACUCAUUUAAUUUAUGAAGAAUCAAUAAAAAUUUAAAAAGAU